AUGGCAAGAAGAUAUUGGAACAUAAAUUUGGAAGAGAUGUUGGAAGCAGGAGUUCAUUUUGGUCAUGGUACUAGGAAAUGGAAUCCUAGAAUGGCGCCAUAUAUCUCUGCAAAACGUAAGGGUAUUCAUAUUACAAAUCUGACUAGAACUGCUCGUUUUUUAUCAGAAGCUUGUGAUUUACUUUUUGAUGCAGCAACUAAGGGAAAACAAUUCUUAAUUGUUGGUACCAAAAAUAAAGCAGCUGAUUCGGUGGCGCGAGCUGCAAUAAGGGCUCGGUGUCAUUAUGUUAAUAAAAAAUGGCUCGGUGGUAUGUUAACAAAUUGGCCCACUACAGAAACGAGGCUUCAUAAGUUCAGGGACUUGAGAACAGAACAAAAGACGGGGGGACUCAAUCGUCUUCCGAAAAGAGAUGCAGCUAUGUUGAAGAGACAAUUAUCUCGCUUGCAAACAUAUCUGGGCGGGAUUAAAUAUAUGACGAGAUUGCCUGAUAUUGUAAUCAUCGUUGAUCAGCAAGAAGAAUAUACGGCUCUUCGAGAAUGUAUCACUUUGGGAAUUCCAACAAUUUGUUUAAUCGAUACAAAUUGUGAUCCCGAUCUCGCAGAUAUUUCGAUUCCAGCAAAUGAUGACGCUAUAGCUUCAAUUCGAUUAAUUCUUAACAAAUUAGUAGUCGCAAUUUGUGAGGGUCGUUCUAGCUAUAUACGAAAUCCUUGA